UGAUGCGUGCAUUCCAGAUGGUAGAGCCAGCAACGGGUGAAUUUGUCAUUGUUUGCAAUGAAGGAACUGGAAAACAACGGCGCAAUGUUGGCGCAAACGGAACUGGCCGUCAAGGAGAAAAGAGGAUGGCGCGCUUUGGAAGGGCAGAGUGCAAUCGAAGCACUACACCGCACAGAAGAAUGGCGAGAACAGUAUCGGAUUGUUCAACAGGAUGGCCUUGCGCUGAAAAAUGCGCCGCAAGACUUCCGCUCCGAUAGAGAGUUGGUCGCAGAAGCAUGUUGGGCAAACGGACUGGCUUUGCAACAUGCGCCAGACUUUAACGAUGACUGGGAGGUUGUGAUGUGUGCUGUGUCCAAAAAUGGGACAGCCCUUAUGUGGGCUUCAGAUGUGCUUCAGGCGGACAAAGAGGUUGUCCUUCGAGCUGUCAAGGAGAAUGGUGGAGCCUUGGCCUACGCCUCACAGGAGCUCCGCCGCGAUCGUGAUGUGGUACUGGCAGCAGUGCAGCAGCGCGGAAUGGCGUUACGCUAUGCUGCGGAGGAACUCAAGGGUGACCGCGAUGUGGUCAAGACUGCGGCAAGACAAAGUAAAAGAGCCUUGAUGUACGCGGCCGAUUUCCUGAGAAAGGAUCCUGCAUUUGUUCAAGAGGCAUCAACCCAGGCACCCCCAGAUCCAGAGCCUGGCCUGGCUGAGGUGAUUCCACCCGGCUACGGCCCAGGGCUUUAGGACACGAUACGAACAGAACCUGAUUCGAAGCGUCGAAUCGGAUUUCAAAUUGUAACCGUCUCAUUCCGACUCAUUCCGACUUAUUCAAGCUUUGAGAAAGGGACCUUGCUAACGGUGCAGAAUCAGCCGCAAAGAGGAACAAA